AGUCAUCCAGGAGGCAACCUUAUCAGGGGUCGAUUCAGCCACAGAGGACGAUGCACUUUGUUUCACCCAGAUGUUAGAUUCCAUGCACGGAGGGCAUCACGGUGGUUAUGAAAGAGCCAUGGGCAUUGGUGCCACUCAGACUUACUUGAGGGCGUCCUCCAUACCGGAAAUCGGCACUUCUAAUCAGGAGCUACGUCGCGAGGUGGCUGAUCUUAGAGCUCGGGUAGCUGAGAUGGAUAGUCUCAGGGAGCAGCUUAGGGAGGAGCUUAGGGAGGAGUUUAGGUCUCAGAUGCAGUUGAUUACUAACAAUAUGGUUAAUUCUCAGGUCGCUCGUCCUGCUCCCACUCGUAGUGAUCCACCAGCUUUUACUCGUCCGGCUCCAAUUCCUCAGCCCGCUACCGAUAUACCACAUUCUGCUCGUCCUGCUUCAAACGCUAACACUUCUACUUCUAGUGCUCAAGGUCUGUCACAUGAGAAUAUUGCUAGGAUAUUUGCAGACUUAAGGCGUUCGGGCUUGUCCCAAGAGGAUAUUCUUCGAGGAAUUUCUUUUGUUCCUUGACUGGAUGAAUUAGACUAUUCCUAUCUUAUAUUUUGGAUGUAUGAGACAUUUUGGAUAUUAGAGACAAAUAUAUAAUAUUGAAUACUUUUCAUUGUGAGAUAUUGAGUAAUCAUUGUGCAUGUAUCUCUAAUAUUACAUUUUGAGUAAUU